AUGUUCAAUGGUGGUUCGAAGUUUUUGAGAGAAAAAAGUUUCAAACAAACAAUUCCUUCGGUUCAUAUUGAUGAUGGUGAAGUGAUCACUCUUGAAAAGACAACAUGUGCACUAAGAAGGACUGCCCACUUCUUGCCAGCCUUACAAGCUAGUGAUGGACACUGGCGUGCUGAAAAUAGUGGCCCUAUGUACUUCUUACCCCCAUUUGUCAUGUGUCUAUACAUUACAGGUCACCUUAAUACCAUUUUCACUAGUGAACAUCGUAAGGAAAUUUUUCGUUACAUACAUUAUCAUCAGAAUGAAGAUGGUGGGUGGGGACUGCAUGUAGAGGGCCCUAGCUCAAUGUUUGGGACAGCAUUUAACUACAUUUGUUUGCGUUUACUUGGAGAAGAAUUGCCUAAAGAUGGUCAAGAUAAUGCUUGUGCAAGAGCAAGAAAAUGGAUUCUUGACCAUGGUAGUGUAACAAACAUACUCCCUUGGGGAAAGACUUGGCUUUCGAUGCUUGGAGUCUUUGAUUGGAGUGGUUGCAAUCCAAUGCCUCCUGAAUUUUGGAUUCUUCCAUCUUUUUCAGCUAUACAUCCAUCUAAGAUAUGGUGCUAUUCUCGAUUGGUUUAUAUGCCUAUGUCAUAUUUGUAUGGAAAAAGAUUUGUUGGUCCCAUCACACCACUUAUUCUACAAUUGAGGGAGGAACUUUAUGCUCAACCUUAUAAUGAAAUCAAUUGGAGGAAUGCACGUCAUCAAUGUGCUAAGGAGGAUCUUUAUUGUGAACGUCAUUGGGUACAAAAUUUUGCAUGGGAUAGUCUGUACCUAUUUGUCGAGCCUCUUUUGAGUCGUUGGCCUUUGAAAAAAUUUAUAAGAGAAAAAGCUCUUCAAGUAACCAUGAAGCAUAUUCAUUACGAAGAUGAGAAUAGUCGAUACAUUACUAUUGGAUGUGUAGAAAAGGCGUUAUGUAUGCUUGCAUGUUGGGUUGAAGAUCCAAAUGGUGACUAUUUCAAAAGGCAUCUUGCUAGGGUUCCAGACUUCAUAUGGAUUGCUGAAGAUGGAUUGAAGAUACAAAGUUUUGGUAGCCAAUCGUGGGAUGCUACUUUUGCAAUUCAAGCUUUUCUUGCAAAUAACCUUGUUGAUGAAAUCGGACCAACUUUGGCUAAAGGUCAUGACUUCAUUAAGAAAUCUCAGGUCAAAGACAAUCCUUCAGGCGACUUCAGAAGUAUGUAUCGCCACAUUUCUAAAGGAUCAUGGACAUUUUCUGAUCAAGAUCAUGGAUGGCAAGUUUCUGAUUGUACCGCAGAAGGUUUAAAGUGUUGCUUAUUGUUGUCGAUGAUGCCACUGGAGAUUGUUGGAGAAAAUAUGGAAGCUGAGAAAUUAUAUGAUACUGUUAAUGUAAUACUUUCUUUGCAGAGUAAAAACGGUGGUGAAGCAGCUUGGGAGCCUGCUAGAUCACCAGCAUGGUUGGAAGUAAGUAGUUCAUAUGAAUAUAUAUAUUACAACACUG